CUUGCAAACAUAACUUCGUUGCUAAUAAUUUUCAACUUCCAUUAUCAGUUGUGCAUCAAAAUUUAAAUAAAAGAGAUAGCGGCUGGUACGAAAUUUUCAAUUUGAAAGUGAAUCGGCAAAUUGGUGGAGCAGAAGAAUAUAUAAUAUUGUCAAAAUUAAAGUGAAGCCAAAAAUUUUUGUCUCAAAGAAAAAAUCAAUAAUUUAAGUAAGACGUCAGACGAGAUUUUGGAAAGCGCAUCUCAUACCGGCGUUCGUGAGCAAUACAUCAACUCUCAAAGAAACAUUUUCCACUCUCUAACAAUGGAUCCACCUGCAUUGGAUACACCACCCGAAAUUCGUCCACUGCCCCCCGUAUUACAAGAGGUAGCCAUUUGUGAGCUAAAUGAAAAACCCGAACUAAUAGAAGAUGAUGUCUUGGCCUUUCGCCAAUGGAUCCACACCCAGAAACAUUUGAAAGCCCGUACCAAUGAUCAAUUUUUGUUGGCAUUUUUACGCGGUUCCAAAUACAGCAUGGAGAGGGCCAAGCAGAAGCUGGAUCGUUAUUACACUCUGAAGGCGGCCAUACCGGAGGUAUUCAACGAGGGGCGAUCGGUGGAUAAUCCACAGGUGUUGGAAAUAGUGAGACAGGGAAUAAUUCUCCAAAUUCCCCUGCCGGAAAAUGAUAGACGACCCUGCGUCACUAUUAUUCGGGCCACGUCGUAUGACAUUAAUAAGUACAAAUUCUCGGAUAUUGUACGUGUCGGUUCAAUGUUUGGGGAAAUUAUGAUGAUUGAAGAUGACCGUUCGACUGUCUGUGGCUUCUUGGAAAUCAUGGAUAUGAUUGGUGUUACUGGAGCCCAUUUGUUCCAUUUGCAACCGGAUAUUUUGAGAAAAUUCUCGGUAUUUGCCGAUGAGGCAAUGCCAAUGCGACAAAAGGGCACAUGUUUCAUUAAUAUUCCAAGUCCCUUCGAGAAGGGCUUCAAUACGCUGAAGGGAUUCUUUCCGGAGAAAAUGAAGAGUCGGAUAAGUGUCUGUUCCACUCAUGAUAUAAUUUAUGAUAUGGUUCCACGCGAAUGUCUGCCCGAGGAAUAUGGUGGCACCAACGGCACCAUGCAGGACAUAAUCGAUCGAAUGGAAGCCAAACUCCUUAGAUAUCGUGAUUAUUUCCUACAAGAGCCGAACUAUGGUACAGAUGAAAAAUUACGUAAAAUUGAUAGGGCCUAUAGUGUGGAUAGUGCCUUUGGCACCGAUGGCUAUUUUAGAAAAUUGGAAUUCGAUUAAUUUGAAGAAAUAAUUCGAAGUAGUCUAAAAUGGCGCCCAAUGUGUGUUUUGUUUGCCAAACUAACAGUAUGAUGGGAAAUUGUGGGAGACAAGCUAACCAAAGAAUAUUAUUGUUGUUAUUGUUGUCUUUUUGAAUACCAAACAUUCCAUGUUAUGUGUCUUGAGAGAAUUAAAUUAAAUUUUAUUAAUUUUUUCCUUAACUUUUUGUUACAGAUUUAAAGAGAAAACUUAGAAAACCUGGAUCAUGGUUCACACGAACUCUGUGUCAGAUUUUAUUUUAGUGAAUAAUUUUUUAAAAUUUUUAUAUUAGGAUUUAGGGUCAGUUUCUGUAUGAGGACGCGAAAGUGAAUGCGAAUGAGAAGUAAUAUGCCAAAGCAGUUUUUCAUAUAUUUUUUUAUUCAAUUCGAAUUUUGAAAAAAAAAAAAAUAUUUGAAAAUGGUGUUUUUCUUUCACAUUCGUUAUACAAAAACUGGCUCUUAUUUUGUAGAUCUAGAUUAUAUGUGUAUGUAUGAUAUAGCAUUUAUUUAUAUGUAGAUUAAAGAAAACACCAAUUAGUUAAAAUAUACAUUUAUUUAAUAGUUUUUUGCACUGUAGUUAAUCAAAUAAAUUUAAAAAAUGUAAAAAAAA